AUGUGUCACAGUAGCGCCUUGGGACGCAGUGCUCUAACUCCCCCUUGUGGUGGUCUGGAGCAGCACAGUAGCGCCUUGGGACCCAAAAUCAGUGCUCUAACUCCCCCUUGUGGUGGUCUGGAUUACCACAGUAGCGCCUUGGGACCCAAAAUCAGUGCUCUAACUCCCCCUAGUGGUGGUCUGGAGCAGCACAGUAGCGCCUUGGGACCCAGUGCUCUAACUCCCCCUUGUGGUGGUCUGGAGCAGCACAGUAGCGCCUUGGGACCCAAAAUCAGUGCUCUAACUCCCCCUAGUGGUGGUCUGGAGCAGCACAGUAGCGUCUUGGGACUCAGUGCUCUAACUCCCCCUUGUGGUGGUCUGGAGCAGCACAGUAGCGCCUUGGGACUCAGUGCUCUAACUCCCCCUUGUGGUGGUCUGGAGCAGCACAGUAGCGCCUUGGGACCCAGUGCUCUAACUCCCCCUAGUGGUGGUCUGGAGCAGCACAGUAGCGCCUUGGGACCCAGUGCUCUAACUCCCCCUAGUGGUGGUCUGGAGCAGCACAGUAGCGCCUUGGGACCCAGUGCUCUAACUCCCCCAUGUGGUGGUCUGGAGCAGCACAGUAGCGCCUUGGGACUCAGUGCUCUAACUCCCCCUAGUGGUGGUCUGGAGCAGCACAGUAGCGCCUUGGGACCCAGUGCUCUAACUCCCCCAUGUGGUGGUCUGGAGCAGCACAGUAGCGCCUUGGGACUCAGUGCUCUAACUCCCCCUAGUGGUGGUCUGGAGCAGCACAGUAGCGCCUUGGGACUCAGUGCUCUAACUCCCCCUAGUGGUGGUCUGGAGCAGCACAGUAGCGCCUUGGGACCCAGUGCUCUAACUCCCCCAUGUGGUGGUCUGGAGCAGCACAGUAGCGCCUUGGGACUCAGUGCUCUAACUCCCCCUAGUGGUGGUCUGGACUCCCUGCUCUAUGGUGGUCUGGAGCAGCACAGUAGCGCCUUGGGACUCAGUGCUCUAACUCCCCCUUGUGGUGGUCUGGAGCAGCACAGUAGCGCCUUGAGACCCAAAAUCAGUGCUCUAACUCCCCCUUGUGGUGGUCUGGAGCAGCACAGUAGCGCCUUGAGACCCAAAAUCAGUGCUCUAACUCCCCCUAGUGGUGGUCUGGAGCAGCACAGUAGCGCCUUGGGACUCAGUGCUCUAACUCCCCCUAGUGGUGGUCUGGAGCAGCACAGUAGCGCCUUGGGACCCAGUGCUCUAACUCCCCCUAGUGGUGGUCUGGAGCAGCACAGUAGCGCCUUGGGACCCAGUGCUCUAACUCCCCCUAGUGGUGGUCUGGCGCAGCACAAGGAGGAGUCAA